GCGGGGCGCUGCCGGGCCCUGUGUGAGCGGCGCGACGCGCGGGCCGCCUCCUCGCUGCGUGCGGCCGAGGCGAAGGAAGCCGCGGGCUGCAGAGCGCGGCCGCUGCCGCCGCCUCUCGAGCAGCCGGAGCGCUAGGCACAGGGGGGCUGCCCAGCCCGCGACGCCUUGGGGUGCACGUGUCUCAUUGACUCCAGUCAUUUAUGUGCUUUUGAAAAAUCCCACCUUCAAGUGUUUAAGUGCUGCUUGGAGAUUCCAGAAAUUGACUGCCUGCAGGAAAUCAUGAGGUCACAGUACGUCACAGUGCCUAUAGUAACUAUCCUGCUGUUCUUAUUAUGGAUUCCACCAUCAAUGGGCUGCAAUAAGGCUCUCUGUGCUAGUGAUGUCAGUAAAUGUCUGAUACAGGAGCUAUGUCAAUGCCGACCUGGCGAAGGAAACUGUUCCUGUUGCAAAGAGUGCAUGCUUUGCCUAGGCACACUUUGGGAUGAGUGCUGUGAUUGUGUUGGUAUGUGCAAUCCUCGCAACUACAGUGACACCCCUCCAACUUCCAAGAGCACUGUAGAGGAGCUGCAUGAACCAAUCCCUUCCCUCUUCCGGGCACUCACAGAAGGGGAUACUCAGCUGAACUGGAAUAUUGUUUCCUUCCCUGUUGCAGAAGAACUGUCACAUCAUGAGAAUCUAGUGUCAUUUUUAGAAACAGUUAACCAGCCGCAGCACCAGAAUGUCUCUGUUCCAAGCAACACUGUCCACACACCAUACUCCAGCGACAAAGAAAACAUGUGCACUGUGGUCUAUUUUGAUGACUGCAUGUCAAUACAUCAGUGCAAGAUCUCUUGUGAGUCCAUGGGAGCAUCAAAAUACCGGUGGUUUCACAAUGCCUGCUGUGAGUGUAUUGGGCCAGAAUGUAUCGACUAUGGCAGUAAAACUGUAAAAUGUAUGAACUGCAUGUUUUGAAGCAGAGAAGCUGUAUAAUAGUAAUGUGGAGGCCAAAGCAGCGUCUCUUAAUUAAAAAGAUGGGGAUUGGAAGUAUUGCAUUAUGGGAUAUGUUCUGGGAGCAACUAAACAUGAAUGAUUUGAGAAAAGAUGUAUACAAUUCAAAGCAUAGCUGUAAUUUUUUUUUUCUUUUUAAAUCCUGUAAACAAUGCUAAUUGGCAAAUGUUUCAACUGUAUUGUUUAUUUUUUCCUUAUUCUUAGUCGAGUAGCAUAACCAUCCUCCUGCUUCCUGUCCUGAUUGUUUUGCUUUGAUCUGAAUAUAUUGCCUAUACUCAUUUUCAGAAUGUAAUGUUGUAUUUAGCAGUUCAGAAUAGUGAAGCCUCAACAAGAUUCCCAUUAUUUAGAAGUUCCACAAGUGCUCAAAUAGAUAAUGCUCUUCCAUGUAUGUUUUAUACCUCUCCAAUAUAAGAGCCAUAAGACUCCAGUGGCUUAUGGUCUUACACCAGUGGCCCAGACUCCUAUUGUGAAAAUGUCCUCAAAAAUAAGAAAACAUUUUUUUUUCAACUUCAAAACUGGAACUGUAAUAGAUAAAAUCCCAGCCCUAAGCAGGGUGUCCCACCCACUACAAUACCAUGUGUGUGACAUCAUUCCUCCAGCUGUUAUAUGCCUCCAUUCCUGCAGGCAAGGUAUUGCAUUUCAUAAAGAAAUCUUGUUCCCAUCAGUGCACUCUUCUUAUAAACCAAAAUAAAGCUGGUAAGUUUAGUCAUGUCCACUUGCUAUUGCACUCUUUGUGGGUUGUCUUAUCCCUGGAAACUCAGUGCUGUGCUGCAAAUUUGGAAGGUGGUUAUUAUGAACAGAAAAAAUAGCAUGUAUAAACUGGGAAUUAAACUGCAUAUCCUAAUAAGCUCAGCAAGUUUAUUUGUUGAGUAGCUGGCAGUUGUCACAUUACCACAUUUGGUACUGCUCUGUGGAACACUUAUUCUAACUGUUUGGUUUGGCUUUGAGGUUGGUUUUGAUUCAGAUUUAUGAUAUAAAAGGAUUUAAUGGGGAAGUAAUUAUCCUCUGAGACAAAUGAGCAUUCUCUGAAUAUGGAACACUUUGUCCAUUUUGCUGUGUUUUAAUAUAUGGAGUAGUAGGCAACUGCAAAUUAUAAGGUAAUUACUAUGGUACCAUUAGGUUUUUCCUGUGAUGAUGGCAUAGAAACCACAAGAAUAAAGUCUGAGUACAAUUGUGAUCUCGCCAGAAACUCAUGAUAGUGUUUAUAACAAUAACGUUUUUUAAGUUUACUAAUUUUUUAUAUAGAUGAAUUUGACUAUUCCUGUUUCUCCCUCUCGCCUCAACCUCUCUAGGUCAAACUGCCUCCUACCAACAUGUUCCUAAACACCGAGAUCAAUUAUUUUCAACUCUCAUUUUAUUUGAAAAAUUGACUUGGGGAAUUUUUAGUUAUCCUGAUACAUACAACUCUUCAAAUAAGAAAAAUCUAAAAAUGUCUGCUAUUGUGCAGGACUUAAUUUUUUUAACAGUUUUCCAGGUAUUACUUGAAAGCUGGAGGUUUGCUUAAACUUUUGAACUGGUGGUAAACAAAACUUUUUCCUAUCUAAAGUUGGGAUGUAUGGGGAAAAGUUUUGAAUUCAUGGUUUCUGGGCGAAGGGCAAAGAUCAGCUUAAACUGAAGGAAAUGUUAUUUCUUCUUUUUUUUAUGGUUUGUUCCUUGCAUCUUUUCCUUUUUUUGUGCAAAGAAAUUCUUCAUGAAUUUCUUAUAGUGAAGGGGGAGAGAGGAUAUGCUUAUGUUGUGAGUAUCUGUAUUUUGUGUGCUUGAGGAUUAUACAUUAUUUCUGAUCAAGAUUUAAUAAAACAUUUUACAAGUGUCCCUGCAAAUCAGUGACACACUGAAUGCUUUGCGUUAUCAUAUACUGGAUUAUUUGAAAUGUAAAAUAUUGUGGUUUCAGAAUCUUAAGACAAAUCAAGUUGAUUGUCUAUUUGGGACCCUGUUGCGUGGAUUUAUGACAUCACCCUUCUUUACAUUAUGAUUUUACUUCAAGAUCAAGUAAGAGGGAUAGAGAGGUUGUGUGUGGAGGGAGACAGAACCUCUGUUUUAAAGAGUUAAAUGUCCAUAAAAACCAUGGAAAAUCACAAAAGGUAAAUUUUUGUGUGUGUAAUACCUUGAAAAGUUUUUGUUUGUAAGGACAGUCCACUUUAAAUUAGGUUUGCUCUAUUUUUGUAAUGUAUGAUGGUCUCCGGAGAGUCUGUGCUGUAAACUCAGUGUGUAUGCAAAUGAUCUAUGGCAACAUCAGAUGUAUUUUCUUAUAUUUCAUUUGUUUAAACAAGUAUUUUAAUAAAUAAUGAGACAUUA